UGUCAAUCUCGUCGGAUUUCUGGCAUUUUAAAUUUUUAACCCAAAGGCAUCGCGAUGGAGAACGCGGGCGUGUUGAUGAUGUGUCCUAUCUCGUCCUAUCUCGAAGCGCAGAUUGACGAGCGCUUGAAGCUCUUCAGACUGUGGGACGCUUCUCCUUCCAUGUCCGAUUUCCUGAAGCUCAAUGCCCGUUCAAUUCGAGCCGUCGUCGGAAGCGCAUCGCACGGGACUGAUUCGGGGCUCAUCGACUCGCUUCCCAACCUUGAAAUCGUCUCCACCUGCAGUGUGGGUUACGAUAAAAUUGACCUGGCUAAGUGCAGAGAGAGGGGAAUUCGAGUCACCAACACUCCCAAUGUGCUGACGGACGAGGUCGCCGAUGCGGCGAUAGCGCUGGUCUUGGCGACGUUGAGGAGAAUCUGCGCUGCUGAUGCUUUCGUCAGAAGUGGGCUAUGGAGGAGUUGCAAUUUUGAGCUGGCCACCAAGUUCAGUGGUAAAUCAGUUGGGAUAAUAGGGUUAGGCAGAAUUGGUUCAGCAAUAGCAAAGAGAGCUGAAGCAUUUGGCUGCAGAAUCAGCUACACCUCUAGACUGAAGAAACCCCAUAUCAACUACACAUUCCACUCGAGUGUCGUUGGUUUGGCUGCUGAUUCUCAAAUCCUAAUUGUUGCUUGUUCGUUGACAGAAGAAACGCGACACAUUGUAGAUCGAAAGGUCAUUGAUGCUUUAGGUCCAAAUGGCGUUCUAAUCAACAUAGGACGAGGUGCCCAUGUGGAUGAACCUGAACUUGUGUCUGCUUUGCUUGAAGGACGGUUAGGUGGGGCAGGGCUUGAUGUUUACGAGAACGAGCCCGAUGUGCCAGAUGUGCUUUUUGGGCUGCGAAAUGUUGUUCUUCUGCCUCAUGUUGCAAGCGACACUGUUGAAACUUCCCAGUCCAUGGCUGAUCUUGUUGUUGCAAAUUUGGAGGCUCAUUUUCUUAACAAACCUUUACUAUCGCCUGUGAUUUGAAUGGUCUUUGGAAAGUUUCUUGGGGUUUCAGCUGACCUCUCUCCCUGUGACCCUGUUUCUCUAGGUGCUAGUCACCAUUUUCCUUUCUUUGAGAAGUAUCAUUUUUUAGUCUUAAAAUUGUAGAAGUAAUGUUGGUAUCAUUUUGUCUUUUUUAUUUUAUCCGAAAUAUAUGUAUAUGUACUCCUUCCUGACUUCUUGAGUUUUUAGGCAAAAUUAGGGGGGCAUAAAAACCGACCCGAACCGGUACAGAACCAGACUGUGAUGGUACCGAACCGAAUACCGGGUAUUUAAACGGUUCCAUAGAAUGUUAUCCCGAAAUAGCACCGUUUCAAACGGGUACGGGGCCGGUCCCAGAUUUUGUGAACAUAAAAAUAUUGAAUCGAACCAUUUAAAAAUAAUGCAUUUGAGAUUUUUAUGUUUUUUCCAUACCAAUGAAUUUUUUUAGACCAAAAUUUUUAGUCCAAGUAUGUAUUCAUGC